AUGUAUGUGUCCAUUUCGGCGUCCCAGUGGGGUUCUCCCACUGCUCCUAGGAAAGCUCUGCUCAUUCAUGGGUUGAUUUCGUCCUCAAAUUCAUGGGAGGGCGUUGCUCAGCUAUUAGCAGCAGAAGGGUUCUUUGUCGUGGCACCGAAUCUCAUUGGGCAUGCAUGGAGACGGGGCACUAACUACCGCGUGUCCACCCUUGUAGAGGACCUCCGACCGUACUUUGUCAAGGACACGUCCUACGAUGUGAUUAUAGGUCAUUCUCUUGGAGGCACAGUGGCCUUGUCGCUCAUGCCAUUCUUGCCCAAAACGAAAGAAACCGCUGUCAUACUACUCGAUCCCCCCCUCGAGAUUGUAAAGGGGACAUCCAAAUUGCAUAAAGGUUCGUUUCUGAAUGAGGUUGCGAAUGUCAGAACCAACAAGGAGCUGGCUGAUAACCAUGGUUUGUCACGACGUGACUGCGUGUUACGCGCACUGGGAGUUUCAAUGUGCCACCGUACCGUUGUCGAGGGUGUAUUUUUGCACAACAAGUCAUGGUCUUUCAGUGGCCUACUCAAAAACAUCCCCCCUAAUGUGAAGAUCACCAUGCUGUUGGCAGAUCCGGAGGUCGGCGCCGUUUGUCAUUUGGAGCAUAUCCCCCGUGGUGUUGAGAGAUUGGAUGUCAAAGUUCUUCCUGGCAUCGGUCACUGCAUUCACUACGAGUGUGCAAAUGCUAUAGUGGACGCAAUCCCGCUACCGAGAGCAAAACUGUGA